AUGACUAAGGAUAAGAAGAUGAAGCCCGGAAAGGUCGAGAAGUCCUAUUCUAACAAAACUCCCAAGACCACUCUAGAAAAGAUGUCUCACAAAGAGCGUGCAUUUAUUGCUGCCGCCAAUAGAAAUGAUCGUCCAGAUGUCAAGGGUCGAAUGAAGUCCGCUAGAGAGGCUUCAAAUCUCCACCGAGAGAGAACCGGUCGAGGACUCAAACUUUCAGAGGACAUUGUCAUGUCUGGAAAUUUGGGUGAGGAGGAAGAAAGUCCAAUGCGAGUCUUUCAGAGACGUCAUUGGAAUCCUAUGUAUAAUCCAGUCCCAGUUCCCAUUACCCAAACUGAGCUCAUGCAACAUUUACGCGACAAUCCGGCAAUCGCAAAAAACAUUUUAGCUUUGAUUGAAGGUUCUCAAGGCCUGCGUCCCACGGAGCAGGUCGAGCCGGUUGAGCCACAAAUGGCAAUGGAAUUGUCAUUAUUCGUACAAGUCAACCAUCAAUUAGCAUCACAAAAUGCUAACCAACCCGGGAGAAUGCCUCGAGAUAUCCCAACACCCCCAGGAACAUUAAGUCGAAAAACUAGUUAUGGCCCAACCAUGCCAACGCCACCACAGGACCAAAGUAUGACAUCGCCAUUAGAGGGCCCAAUGAUGGCAUCGUCACCAAUGUUAAGUAAUGACUCAAAUAUGGCCGCUCCACAAAUGGAACGACAGCCCAGAAGGCGACACACAAGCUUCGGACAAGAUACAACGUUGUACGACAUGCCCGGCUACAAUCGUAAUCCCGGACCUCAAUUCAUGGGCCGAAGUUCUAGCACUCCCGGAAACAUAACACCUGGUACACCUUUCGAACACGACUCGAUGAUUCAGAACGGAGGACCACAAACUCAGAUGGAUGCAAUGCAUCAAAAUUCUGUGCUUCGAAGCCCAGAGCCCCAAACUCACAUGAAUCAAGUACACCAGAGUCCCCUGGAUUGGUAUGCGAAGAAUCAAUCGCUCCCUCAGCAAGCAAAUCAAAUGCCUCCGCAGCAGGCGAAUCAAUUUUCCACGCAGUGGAAUCAGGAAAGAUCACCGCUCGAUAUGUCUUACGCAUCUCAUUUUCUUCCAAGUCAAGCCGCGCAAACAAACGCCAUGGAAAAUCACCACUAUAAUCAGUUUGCGCAACCGAGCACAGAUGAUAAGUUUUUCGCUGACUUGAUCGAUUUCAACGGCGGUGGACGUUGA